CUGGUUACUCUGCUUCCCGCUCCUCUUUUUACGCAGUGCCUAAAUCUAUUACUUGAAGUCACAUAGAAACCCAAGCUAGGGACGUGGCAGGUUUGCCACGGGGAAUUCCUGGAGCUCAUACUCACCUUCGCUCUCUUUUAGUUUCUUCAAACUUUUUUAGUUAACGCCAAGGCAAAAUAUUAUUGCCGCAUCCAUGCGUAAAACACUGUUUUUAUAUUCGAUUGAAUGAGUUCCUAGUGGUUGCAGUUUGUUUUCGAUAAGAUAAACAGUUGUUUAGACUCUAUAACUUAUAAGAGAAAAGUCAAAUCAGCCAGCACAUGAGCUAUUCCUAUUCUCCUAAAACAAAAGCGUCAAGGUUGUCCAUAGCUAUGUCAGUAAAACCAAGCAGCUCUAACGCUGAUAACUUGAUCAUCCCAUGGCCUGACGAGAAAAAGCGAAUAUGGAUUGCUUCAAUGUUUAUUGGCACUAUGCUUCUCUACUCGGCCAGAUCGGCGAUUCCGCUAUGUAUGGCUGCUAUGAGUAAAGAUCUGACUUGGGAUAAAGAAGCUGAUGGCGCUGUGAUGUCAGCAUUUUUCUGGGGCUACACACCUGCACAGAUUGUUGGAGGUUAUCUUAGCGACAAGUACGGUGGAGAGGUUGUCUUGGGAUAUGCUGCUAUUAUCUGGUCUUUCUGUACACUUGCUGUGCCAUUUCUUCCUGGAAAGGCAUUCUUGUUUUUCCCACCAAUUGUGAUGGUGAUAUUAUCAAGAGUUGUUACAGGGCUUUCCCAAGGUCUUCAUUACCCAUCGCUGACUAAUAUCAUAGCCAAAAGAAUACCCCUGAAGGAGAGAACUUUACUCACCAGUUCUGUAUUUUCUGCUGGACCAGUUGGUACAUUAGUGAUGGGGAGUGUUGGAUCUGUUAUACUGAUGUAUUUUGGCUGGCCAAGUGUAUUCUUAGCCCAAGGAGCAGCAGGACUGCUUUGGGCGUGGCUAUGGACAUUUUAUUUAGUUGGACCUGGAAUGGAAAAAAAUAGACAAGAAAUUUCAUUAGGGGACAUCAAAUUAUUAGAGGCUACAUCGAAAGAGAGGGCCAGCGUACCAUACAGCUUAUUUUUACAGCAUGCUGGUGUUUGGGCUACAAUAAUAACUUGCUUCUGUCAAAGUGCAGCUUUCUGGAAUGUGUUUUCCUGGCUGCCUUUGUAUUUUGAGGAGACAUAUCCUGAAAGUGAGAAAUGGGUUUUUAACGUCAUGCCAUGGAUAGUCUUCUUUCCUUUUUCUACUGUAGCAGGGCUACUGGCAGAUUGCAUGAUAAAAUCAGGUUUUUCAUUGACAUUUGUCCGGAAAUUAUUCCAGACUGUGUCGAUGUGUGGAGGAGCCCUGUGUAUGUUACUUCUAGACUGGGCGGCCACCUUUGGGCAGGCCAUGUUCUUGAUCAUGGUCACCAUGGGGUUCAGUGCACUAGGAAACUGUGGGUGUCCUGUGGUACCACAAGACAUGUCUCCACAGUUUGCUGGGUCCUUAUUUGGUCUUAUGAAUGCUGCAGGGGCAUUUUCAGGAAUUGUUAUUGUACCAAUAUCUGGACACAUUUUGGAGCUGACACACAUCUGGAGUACCAUCUUUCACAUCAACGCCGUCAUCUUGAUCAUAGGAUGCGUUGUCUUUCUCAUAUUCGGCACAGCCAAAAAGAUAACAUAGAACUGUGAUCCACGAGAUGUCAUCUAUUCUUAUACAACUAACCCCUAUUUAGAUAAAGGUAGAAAACUUUAUGAGCAAAUAAGCAAAACUAAAAGCGACUCCAGGUUUAAACAGUAGUAGUUAUACAUGUUUCUUAAAUAUCCAAAGGCUAUCGGAUACUUUUUUUUCAUUAACAUACUAAAAAUUGCAAUCCAUGGAUUGAAUAGAACAACCAAAGGCUUUAAUAUUUUUUUAAAAAGGGAUUAAAUAUUCAUGAAGGCUCAAUUAGCGGACUAUUCAUAAACCCAAAAAGCAUGUAAUGCCUCUAACUACCUCUAGUAGAUCCUGUAUUAAGUUGUUUUUAUCCAAAAUGAAGUAUUGCCAAGAAGGAUUACUAAGGGAGGUUUGAAAGGGACGGAAUUGAGUACAAAAUAUAAUUGAUACGUAUUUAAAAUCAAGUUUCCCAGAGAAAGAAAAACGUUAUCCAUGUAUAAAAUAUGAAAUAGAAGAUCUUCCAUGUUGUGUUAUAUUUCUUCAAUCUCGAUUAUUACAAGCUAAAAAUACACAAUUGAAAUACAA